UAAGGCUCAGUCAAGAUCCGGCUAACGCGCGGGUCGGACGUAUGCUGUAUGGGUGAAAUUCAGUACCCCGGCGCGCACGGCGUCGGCGACGAUGACCGGCAGUACCGGGCGCCCUUUCGUCGCGCCCCACAAUACAGAUGGCCCACGCCCCAGGUGGCGCAGCCCUCGGCCUUCGCCCCGUGGAGGAGAGCGCCGGCGCCCCCGCGACCGGACUAUCGGCGGAGCGCCUCGUAUCCCGGGAAACCGGACGAACCGUUUCAGGACAGAGGUGGUCUGGACAAUAUGAGAUCGUUGGAGCACUAUCUCACCGACAUAAUGCGGGCUGAUACCUCAGAACACAUGAAAGGCAAAUCGCCGUUCUUCCCCGGCGUGGAGGAGGGCAGCGUGGCGAGUGCGGCGGGCGCGGGGUCUCCGCCAGGACCCAACGAACAGGCGCAGGACGUCGUGUCGAGGCUCAGCGCAGCCGGACUGUCGAUGUGCGUUAGCGCCUUGGGUUCGCCCGCUCGCUCGUCGCCGGUUUCUGCGGGCUCGGAGCACGGCGAGCGAUUUAGCCGGAAGGUGUUUGUUGGGGGUCUGCCGCCGGAUAUCGACGAAGAUGAAAUAACUUCGUCAUUCCGUCGGUUCGGUCCCCUAGUGGUAGACUGGCCUCACAAGGCCGAGAGCAAGAGUUACUUCCCGCCUAAAGGAUACGCUUUUCUGCUUUUCCAAGACGAGAGCUCCGUGGCGGCCCUGAUGGAGGCCUGUAUAACUGACGACGACAAGCUGUACCUGUGCGUGUCUUCGCCCACGAUCCGCGACAAGCCCGUGCAGAUCCGGCCUUGGAGGCUCGCAGACGCCGACUUCGUGCUCGACGCCAGUAUGCCCCUCGACCCUCGCAAGACUGUUUUCGUGGGCGGAGUGCCGCGCCCUCUGAAGGCUGUGGAGCUGGCGAUGAUAAUGGACCGUUUGUACGGCGGAGUGUGUUACGCCGGUAUCGACACCGAUCCCGAACUGAAAUAUCCCAAGGGCGCCGGUCGCGUGGCGUUUUCAAACCAGCAAUCGUACAUCGCGGCCAUUUCUGCGCGUUUCGUCCAACUGCAGCACGGGGACAUCGAUAAGCGGGUCGAGGUGAAGCCGUACGUGUUGGACGACCAGAUGUGCGACGAGUGCGCGGGAGCUCGCUGCGGAUCAAAGUUCGCGCCUUUCUUCUGCGCCAACGUCACUUGUCUGCAGUACUACUGCGAGCACUGCUGGGCGACGAUCCACUCUCGGCCGGGACGCGAGUUCCACAAGCCCCUGGUGAAGGAGGGCGCCGACAGACCGCGCGCCGUCCCCUUCCGCUGGUGCUAGGAUCGCCGGCGAGGGGGCAGAGGGGCGACGGGCGGAGGGACGGGGGCGAGGAAGGGGGAGGCGGGACCGGGACGAGCGUCCGGCGUGUGGAUCGGCUCGAUGCGGCGGUUCCGCUCUUAGACUACGGAACACGGCUUUCGGCAUCGUCGGCACGCGACGCGUUUCUCGAGUUAGAUUAAUAAAGCAACAUUAUCCAAAGUUAGUAAUUUUAAGCAAAAUGUAUUGUGCGGGGUGGGAGACUCGAAGCCGACCCCGACGUAAGCAAAAUAUAUCCAAAACUUAGCUAGUUGUCAGUUCGUUCUCUAAGGUCUUUAGCCGACUCUUAUUAUAAGAUAAAAAGGUCCGAGGCUGGACUCUGCGGAGCGAAGCGUCGGCCGAAUAAAGUAAGGUGUAAGUGGAAUGUCAUUUCUCGGAAUAAUUGUACCUGUUAGCUAGAGUAAAUUACCCGAUUUCCCUAGUAUUUUUCUAUUUGGAUAUUGUUGCUGUGACCUUCGCCGGGACGGCACUGUGUCGUCCAGCCCUAUGCGAGUGCGUUUUAGCCCAGAGGAGUUUUCGGAGUGGAAACGCCCUCGGGCGUUUAGGUUUUAUUUGGAGGAAGGAUUAUUGUUUCGGGGUGUGUUCAGAUUCUGUUCCUAAAGGCGCCGCCGUCGAAUCGGCGGGAGGCGGUAUGGGCCGGUGUUAGUACAAAAAUGAAUAAUGUUACCAUUUUUGGCUGUAGUGCUCACGGUUAUUCUUUAGUCUCGUAGUGUGUAUAGUGAAGAACAUAUUUUUGAAUCCGCCGGGAUAGUGCAAUAGACGGUAGUUUAGAUAUAAUGUUAUUAUCGUCCCCGUUCGAUCUCCGCUCUAGAGCCGGAGUCGAAGUUCAGAAGGGGCGGUGCUUUGCUAACUUCGAGUCGUUUCAAUCGUCGAACUAGUUAACUUGUCAAAAUUAUUCGAAUAUCGUAGAGUUUUAAAUGGACAGUCUCGAGUCUUGGCAUCGUUGUGGUCAUUUGGAAUUUUACAAAUUUUGAUAUCGUAUAUGGUUAUCGCAUAAGGCAUCACUUGCAUUGGUCGAAACGGUUUGUUUGAUGUCGUCUUUUCGUAAAGGACGUUAAAAUGGACGGAGCCAUCGGAGCGAGAGAUGGACGCUUUUAGAGAUGUACUUAAUUCGGAUACAGAUUUCGUAUCCCGACCGACCACAGAAGUUUAUAGACUGUAGAUAAGACUAUGGCGUGUUUUUCGAUAAUUGUUUUUAAUGUUUUUGUAAAAGUUUUUUCGUGUCGUGUCUUCUCUGUAGUGAGGCGAAGUGCCUUGUGCGGCGAACGAGUAGAUGUUCCCCUCCCGUGUGUGAAUCCUUUGGCAAUUCCGAUCUCGGAACUUGAUUAGCUACGAUUGGUUUUUCCCAUUAUCUAUUGCUUUCAUCUUGACACUCGAUAAACCUUCAAGGUAGCGAGUUUUCAAAUCUAUUCUAAUAAGGGUUUGAUAUUAAGGUGAAAUUGAUAGACAUCAAAAUUUAGAUAAUGUUAUUAGUAGAUUUAGCAAAAUUUCAGCUAUCGUAGCUUUGAUUCUUGUCCCGACUCUAUUCGCUAAGAAGAUAUAAUGUUGAAGUAUUGCUACUACUUAUUAAUGCAACAGGAACACUAAACGUAUAAAUUGCGGGACUCGAAUCAAACGCUGUUUCCCUUUAAAAAUGCACACACGUGCGAAAGGUCUACACAUUUAUCUCCUCUAGUAAAAUUUCGUAAAAUUCAUCACAAUUUCCUCUCUUCAAUCCUAGUCUAGAUAUAGUUAUAGCACUGACGCCCGGUUUCUAUCACAAGUUGCAUCUUCAUACUGUUGCGGUCUCUUCCUCUUGGUUGGCAAAUCUGGCAGUUGAAAAGAUUUUGUGUAAAUUUGUGUCUGGCUCGCUACAGCGUUUAUCUCGAUGUGUGUGCAUUUUCCGUUUUGUUUGUGUAAAAUUGCUCAAUAUUUGUUUGAUCGUUUGGAGUGCCCCUAACCCCGUAGCGUGGUACGGCAGGUUGCGUGAGUGUGGAGUGGUGUGGUCGCACUGUCCCAUUUUGUAUUUUUAUAUUUUUAUAAAAAAAACGAUUAAUGUGAAAUUCGGACGUGAUUUUUUUAGUUUGCACGCAACGUUGUAGCCGACGCUGCCGUGUCUAGAUAUUUCUACGUUUAAAAUUGAUCUUCGAGAGACGGAGAUCUUUGCCCGAAACGAUUGGCAUUAGAUAAUUUGAAAAACUGAGGUGAUUGGAUGGGAUAUGGGUCUGUGGCGAGUGGUUACUUUGACGGGUGACAUCGAAAACGGCGGGAGUUUUCGAGCUUUUGACGUUAGACGUGAACGAUUCGACUGCACUUACUAGUUGGGAGGAAGAUUUUCUUCGCUUUAUUAGAUUUUUAUUCUAUUCGCUUGUUUGUUUUAGUCUAUUUCGCCCCGCGGUCUUGGUUUAGAUUGUCGUUUAAUUUCUACUCAGUGUACCUUUUUGAGUUUGUAAGGUUUAAUAUUUAAGUUGUUUUGACCGGUUUAUCCUCGGGGCAGUUUUAGUUAAUAGUUUGUAGGACGUUUUGCUUGGUUCCUUGUUUACGGCCGCUUCAGGCUUUUGUUCUCGUUGUAAGUUGUCUGUUUUCUAUUAAUAGUAGCGGCUUCGACGCUAUUUUUUUCCAUUUUUAGAUAGUAAUUUUGUCGCAUUAGCAUAUCACGCGAGAUACACAGUGCGGGGGGGCAUAGCGAUAUCUUUUCUUAUACAUGUUUUGAUGUGGAAUUUGUACUUUUUUGAUAACUAAGUAGCAAAUAUUCGGAUUAUUAAAAUUAUUGUUGUUAUACGAUUUAGUCCCCUCGUAUAGUCCUGUGAAUUUUUUUGCACAUUCACUCGCAUGUACAUAGUACCUAUCGUACGUUGUUUCUUAGUUUAAAAAAAUAAAAUCCGCAAAAAAAGUUUUUAUAUCGACUUAUCGGAGGCGGACCGAAAUUAGGAAAUUUUUCUUAGCAUUAUUCGCCUAAAGCGAAAAGGCUUGUAAAUUUUGAAGUGAAUAGAAAUUUUAGUGAAAUUAUUACAUUAUUAUAAAUAAUAGUGAAAGUAGAGCAAUUCAUUAACUAACCUAGUUGAAGUAUAAUACAUAGUACCUUAUACCUUAAUGUUGCUAGACAAUAUAAUUAUGUUUGUAUAAAUAUUUCUUGCACUGUCGUUUAAGUAUUUUUCUAAUUCAGAUAGUUUGGGAAUUCUGACAGGCCGGGAAGGUGCAUAGGAAAAUAUUUUUUUAGUGAAUUUUAAAUGAGCCGACUCCGCAGCGUCUCAUACAAUACAUAUUAUUAUAUACGUACCAUAGACAAUAUCAUUGAUUUCGAAUUCAUAAUGUAAAAUUAAUUUAUUGAGUUGCUUCCUUAGCAGUGCCAGGAGUCGGCCUUACUAUUAUUUCAAAUUAGAAUUAUAUAUUUUUAUAGAGGGUUAUUUCAUUGACUUGUAAACUACAAUCAAUUUUGUUAAUUUCGUGUUUGGUGCCUACUGCGUGACUUUGCCGCUGGCGAGCUGUUUAGGCGCCAAAUAUGAACUCUAGCUAAAUAAUUUGAAUGUUUAUAUAAAUUUAAAACUUUUCUUUUUAUUCAAAUGUAUCAGUUUCGAUCGUUUUGUCUGAUCAAGUUUCCAAUAAAAUGGAAUUAAGGCGAAACGAUCAUUAUUAUUUUCUUAACAAAUAGUGCUUUGACAUUGAUUGCUCCUUGUUUGUUUAAUGCGAUACGUUUAGACAAUUGUGGAGAUAUUAAAAUGAAUUUGAAACUUUAAUUGCGUUUUAUACUGUAGAUUUGAUUUUAGGGGACUAGGCUUUGUUUAAUGUUUAAUAUUACACUACUUUCUUGAGAAUGCGUUUAUUGUUAAUCCAUAAUACAAAGCCUAGUUCUUCGAGAUACCGGUCAGCCUCUGUGUUGUCAUUUUAUUUUUGUAAGUACAUUUUUGCAACAUUUCUCCACUAACGACCAAAGACAGCGUCCCAAAGACAAGAGACAAGCGGGGCAUGUUGCCAUUCCCAAAUAUUCCUUAUUUACUUUUUCCUGGAGAAACUGGAUGCUUUUAGACGUAGUGAUACCCGCUUGUUUUGAUAUAUUUUUGAAUUCCUAUUUAUUUUUACAGUUUUUUUGUAUUACUUUUUUGUAUUAUCAAUUUAUUUAGUUUAGUAUCGUUUGUUUUUUAGUAUUUUUAUAAAUAUAAUAAAUAGUAUAAGCUUUGCAUAUUGCACAUUGGCCGUAAUGUAUUUAAUGAUAUGUAAAAAAAUAAAGCGUUCUAUUUAAUCAGUUGGUACGAACGUGUACAACAAAGGCGUUCCCGAGCGUUGUACACGUCUGUGGCAACACGAUAAUGAUCGUUAUUGUCAAUAUAAUAGAAUACCUACAUUGUAGUUUGAAGAUUUCAGAGCUUUACAGAUAAUUUAAAUUUCUAUCAAAUUAUGCAAUACUGUUUUUAUAUAUUUAUAAUUAUGUAUGUAAAUGAUUAUGUAGUAUUUAGACUUGAGUUUUUUAUUUAAGAGUGAUUAUUUUUUGUUGUUUGAAUAGUAUUAUCUUAGAAUUAAUUGACUUGUCAGAGUUAACACUAUUGCGGGUAUUUUUAAGAGGCAACAUUUUUCAGAGAAUUGUCAUUAUUAUUAAUUUAAAUAAAAUAUGAAUAAUGCCAUAGGCACCUGGCAUGCACCUUCUCACUUGUCAGUAUAAUAUUAAUAAAUAAAUAUAGAUGGAAUUUUGGUGUGGACUAACAAUAUGAUAAAUGUUGCCACUUAUACAAAAUAAAGAUUUGGCUGUUUAAAAACUUGAUUACUCUCGGACAAGUCUUAGUAGAUAUUGUUUAAACUGAAAUACUUGAAUUUUUAUAUGAAUUUUAUUAUAAUAUGGUAUUUUACUAAAUAUUAGUCCAAUAUUAAAUCUUU